AUGGUUUGGAAUAUAAUUAUUCCGAUUCUUGGUCGAUAUGCUACUGUCGCUACUUUGCCAGUUGCGAUAGUUCUUGGCAGUCUUGGAUAUUUCAUUGAACGACGUUGUCGAGGUGUACCACACACACCAGUUCCUCAUGAAAAAACUAUUAUUGAAGAACGAGUAGAACGACAAAAUCAAGAACAAACGACAGCCUCUCCUUAUAGAAUGGACACAGUUGUACCAAAAACUAUUUUCGAACGAAAUAAUCCAGAAGCUUUAAAAACACAUAGUUGA